UGGGGCCUCCUCCUGGCCGAGUCGCAGCUAUAGCCGGGACCGGGGGCCCUUGUCUGGAGCCAGAACCAGAGGUAGAGCCGGGCCGGGGCUCGGAGCGGCGCGGGUCGUGUGCGCAGCUGCUCCGACCCCGCUGCUCUGUGGGUCCCAGCUCCCCCUUGGCCUUGGCCGUGGCCGUGACCGUGGUAGCAGCGGGGCCCAGGCCGGUCCGGGCUCAGCCAGGUCGCUGAGCUCUCGGGCUCUCUCCAGCGGGACCAUGCUGGGCAUGUAUGUGCCCGACAGGUUUGCGCUCAAAUCUUCCCAAGUUCAGGACGGGAUGGGGCUUUACACAGCCCGAAGAGUGAGAAAGGGUGAAAAGUUUGGCCCAUUUGCUGGAGAGAAGAAAAUGCUUCAGGAUUUGGAUGGAAGUAUGGACUACAGGUUGAUGUGGGAGGUGCGUGGAAGUAAGGGCCAAGUCCUCUGUUUGGAUGCCAGCAACCCCCGCUUCUCUAACUGGCUGCGCUUUGUACAUGAGGCGCCCAGUCCAGAGCAGAAGAACCUGGCCGCCAUUCAGGAAGGAGAAAACAUUUUCUACUUGGCGGUGGAAGAUAUAGAGACAGACACGGAGCUUUUGAUUGGCUAUCUGGACAGUGAUAUGGAAGAGGAUGAGGAGGAAGAGGAAGACGUGGAGGAAACAGCUGUGAACAAAGAGGCUCAUGGGAAACAUACCAGAAAAACCCCACCAGCUCAUGCGAAAGAUUCUCCAAGCUGUAAGAAGGACCAUGCCUGUCCCCACUGUGAAUCCAGCUUUGCCAGCCAGGAGAUCCUGGCUGAACACCUGCAGAUGCUUCAUCAAAAGCCAAGUGAGGAGAAGGAAUUCAAAUGCAAGAACUGUGGGAAGAAAUUCCCAGUGAAGCAAGCUUUACAGAGACACAUCCUUCACUGCAUGGAGAAGAGCUCCCCUGGGGAUUCCCUGAAGACUUUCCGCUGUUCUGUUUGCAAUACAUCCCUGAGCUCAGAAUCGAGUUUGCAGCAGCACAGAGAGGCAUGCCGAGGGGACCCCCAAUUCAUCUGCAAGGCCGAGGGCUGUGGAAAGAGAUUCAGAAGUAAAGACACACUGAAAAAACACAAGGAAAACAUUCAUGCCGGAAACUCCAGGAAGAAGCUUAUGUGUACAGUAUGCAGUAAGAAGUGUUCUUCAUCAUCGACUCUUCAGGAGCACCGGAAGGUCCAUGAGAUCUUUGAAUGUCAGGAAUGCAACAAGAAAUUUAUUACUCCCAAUCAGCUAAAACGUCACAUGAUUACCCAUUCAGAAAAACGUCCCUACAACUGUGAGGUUUGUAAUAAGUCCUUCAAACGAAUCGAUCAGGUGGCCGCACACAAAAUCAUACACAGUGAAGACAAACCUUACAAAUGCAAGCUUUGUGGCAAGGGAUUUGCCCACAGAAAUGUUUACAAGAACCACAAAAAGACCCACUCUGAGGAGAGGCCCUUCCAGUGUGAGGAAUGCAAAGCUUUGUUCCGGACCCCCUUCUCUUUGCAGAGACACCUGCUAAUACAUAACAGUGAACGAACUUUCAAGUGUGAUCAGUGUGAUGCUACCUUUAAAAGGAAAGAUACCUUAAAUGUUCACAUCCAGGUGGUCCAUGAUGGACACAAAAAAUACAAAUGUGAUCUGUGUGACAAGGCGUUUGUAACACCUUCUGUGCUUAAAAGUCACAAAAAAACACACACAGGAGAAAAGGAGAAGAUAUGCCCAUAUUGUGGACAAAAAUUUGCGAGCAAUGGGACACUACGAGUACACAUUCGAAGCCAUACAGGUGAGCGCCCAUACCAGUGUCAUUACUGUGACAAAGCUUUUAGCAAAAAUGAUGGAUUGAAGAUGCAUAUCCGGACCCACACUAGGGAGAAGCCCUACCAAUGCUCUCAGUGCAACAAAGCCUUCAGUCAGAAACGAGGCCUGGAUGAGCACAUGAGGACACACACUGGUGAGAAGCCAUUCCAGUGCGAUGUUUGCGACUUGUCCUUCAGCCUGAAGAAAAUGUUGAUCCGCCAUAAGCUGACCCACAACCCCAAUCGUCCCAUGGCUGAAUGCCCCUUCUGCCACAAGAAGUUCACACGGAAUGACUACCUCAAAGUACAUAUGGAGAAUGUCCACGGAGAGGCCGAUAGCUGACCAGGCAAUGAGAAGUCGGGGGAGAUACAGCUGUCCUUUCUUAUAACAAUCAAUUAAACAUUUGCAGGAAUUAUACUUUGUCAGAAAAAAAAGGCAUGUUGGAAAGCAUCUGUUGUGCGAAAACAAAAUGUAUCAAUAAUUUGAACAGUGGAGAUGCACAGAUGAGAGGAAAGGCUUCCACAGGUCACAUAGUCAAGAGAGAAAAAUAAGAUUGGAAGUGACCCGGUGAAAAGAGCAUUGACUCAUGAAUUAGAACUCUGGGUUCAAAGUCUACUUCUGAUGUUUACUGACUGUGACCUUGAACAAGACAUUUAACUUCUUUGAGGGUUAGAUUCCUCAUCUAUAAAAUGGGGGAUAGGGAGGGCCAAAUGACCUCUGUGGUCCUUUCCAGAUCCAGAACCAUGACCUGAUCUUAAAGUGAGUGUAAAGGACAAUUAAUGAGCAUCCCAUAUGUUCUGUUUAGAUGCAGAAAAUAUCUAAAGAAAGUGAAGAAUGCCCUCCCUGCCCUUCUCGUUGGAUGUGCUAUGGUGAAUUUACAGAAGGCUAAGCAUAUAGGGCAGUUAGAUGAUUCAGUGUUGGGUCUGGACUCAGGAAGACUAAUCUUCAUGGGUUCAAAUCUCAAGAUACUUACAAGCUGUGUGACC